CCUUCCGUCUCAGGUAUAGGCCCCCCACCGGUUAAGCAGGUCCCCGAGGAGAGCUCCCCACUGGUCUUCCUCCUCUCUCACCAUUCCCACAUCACAACAACACGACACCACCUCUUUGCAAUUGCGCAACGUUUCUCUCAUCCCUCGGUGACUUUUUCAGCGUCCAGUGUAUAGCCCAAUUGCGCCAUUUAGAUCGUGACAAUGGUGUCUACACGUGGACAUCCCCGCGGCGACUUCCCCGCCAACGAGUCCUCACCCACCAAGAGAGCAUCCCGCACAUCCGCGUCGCCCGCGCCAACGUCUUCACCAGACCUGGACUCGUCGCCAAGUUUUCUCAAGUCACUCGCCAGACGCGCAGUUUCAAACACUAAUGCGUCGCCAUCCGGAGUCAACGACACAACAUGGUGCCAUACCGCGUCCAACAUCACCAUCCUCUGGCUAACCGUGUCGAUCCCCCUCGUGCUGUGGGAUUCCUUGUACAUCCUCCUGCGCCCACACACCAUGUCCGGUGGCGCACUCCAAUGGCCGCUCUGGAAGCCCUACGAGAUCUACGCCUCGAUUGACCACGUCUACGGCUGGCCCGGGUGGGACAGGAAAGAUGGAUUCGGCGGCGCGCAAGGCGCCUUGAAUGCCGUCGAGGUCGUCCUGUACGGGUUGUACGCCAUGAUCAUCUACAAUCAUGGCGUCUCGGCGGCUGGUGGAACGGGGCUGCAGCUGGGAGAGGGCGUGGGCGCAUGGUUCGCUGGGGGCAGGAAGGUGCGCGGUCCGACGGGGAAUCGCGCGUUGAUUAUUGGGUUUGCGGCGGCGGUCAUGACGCUUAGCAAGACUGUGCUGUACUACUUUAACGAGUAUUAUUCUGACUUUGGAAAUAUCCGUCAUAAUGACUGGCUUACGAUACUUUUCUUCUAUGGUGUCAUGAAUGGUCUCUGGGUCAUCUUCCCAGCGUAUAUGACUGUCGUUUUCGGUACCGACAUUCUCCAGGGUCUUGAUAUCGCUGCCGCGUCGUCAUCCAAGAAGAGGUCUUAGCUUGAACCUGUACAAUUGGUCAAUCUCAAAUUCCAUCUUAACUUGUAGCUACUGCUCUGAAGGUCCCUCCAUUGUAUCGUUACUUUCCAUUGUCAUUUUCUGAUAAGGUGCCUGGGUAGCAUUGGAGAAUUGAGAAAAUUUUGCGUGUUGUAAUUGUAUAAUUGUUUCUUACCUCCUUGGAUAAGUUGGCCUGGAGCCCCCGUCCACCUAUUUUACUAUUCCUCGGACCCCGAAGAGAUUCUGACGCCUCCGAAGUCGACAGUA